AUAUAACCUCAAUUUAAAAAAUUGCAGAUUUUUGAAAAUGAAACCCUCAAUAGACGUGGACUCUCUAAGAUCGGAGCACGAGUCGGACGAGCAGUGGGAAGUGCGGCGUAACUUCAUGAUGGAGCAUAAAGACAACUUUGAUGAGGAAGAGCUGGUGACGCUUGCUCAGUUGUUUACAAAUAUCGAGUUUUUGGGAUGCAGGUACCCACCACAGACUAUGAAGAGAAUCUCAAAGCUUGCAGAAAAGGUCGCAGCGAAGUACCGAGACAGUCGCAAAAACAAACUCAAGCGUACGUUUGUGGAAGCCAGCGACGCAGCCGAACAGAAGGCUAAGAGGACUUUUAAUAAUAAAUAGCUGUAAUAGGGAUGAUGACUGGGUAGUAAAAUCGUAUUUCUAUUUAGUCCGUCAGACAGAUAAUAAUAAAAUCUUGGACUCAUAUUUUUGAAUUAUUUUCAUAAUUGAAUAAUAUUACAGUAUUAUAUUGAGUUGAAAUGUCGCGUGACGUCACUUUAGAGUAAAAAUCUACUCAAGUGUGACGUAACGCGCCAUUUUAACUUGUACAUCAAGUUAUUAUUUAAGAAAGAAAAUAAAAAAUAUCAGUCUAAUUAUAUUCUAAUUUAUCUGUCUGAUGGACAAAUAAUGGAAAUUUUGUCAUAGCCUAUUACAUUUAUUUGUUAAAUUGUGAUUUUGAAAUGGAUUGAAUGGAUGUAACGCAAAAGAAAGUCUAAAAAAUUAUUUCUAUAAUCACUUUAUAUGACUUCAGGUAUUUUUAAGCUUGUAA